CUCUGUUCACAACGAUAGCAGCAGUUUAAAAAGAGGGCACUGAAGAAGAGGACCUCAAAGAGAACACUUCCACAAUGAAGAACCAAAGCAGACGUCUGUGUGUUAUUCUGCCCAAUAACAAAGAACUGAGUUUGACUGUUGGGCUUAAAGACAGAGGUCAAGACGUGUUCGAACAGCUGUUUGAGCUACUCGGCACCUCAGAUCUUACCUUCUUUGGUCUGAGUGUGGUAAAGGACAAUCAACCCCUGUUUUUGGAUUUGGGGCAAAAAUUGUCAUUGUACCUCCCAAAGUCCUGGAGAAAGAAUACAUCAAAGGAGAAAGUGAUUCUUUCCCUUAAAGUGCAGUACUUUGUAGAAAAUGUUCAACUAAUUUUGUAA